GCAGAAUUCAAGAACUCCCCACGACUUAAAGUCCGCUAUUUACACUGCACGUCUGAAUUAAAGCCGCUGUUUUUCAGAUCAAAUGGCUUCUUCACCGCAGAAAAUACCAUCCUCCCCGAAAUCGCCUUCCUCCAGGAAAAAAGAUGACUCCUUUCUGGGAAAACUUGGAGGAACUUUGGCAAGAAGAAAAAAGGCGAAAGAAGUGUCUGAGCUUCAGGAGGAGGGUAUGAAUGCGAUCAACCUGCCUCUGAGUCCCACACCCUUUGAGCUGGACCCUGAAGACACCAUGCUUGAUGAGAAUGAAGUCCGAACCAUGGUUGAUCCCCACUCAAGGAAUGAUCCCAAACUACAAGAGCUAAUGAAGGUGCUCAUUGACUGGAUCAAUGAUGUAUUGGUGGGAGAAAGAAUCAUCGUAAAGGAUCUGGCUGAAGACCUCUAUGAUGGGCAGGUUCUUCAAAAGCUCUUCGAGAAACUGGAGGGAGAGAAGCUGAACGUGGCUGAGGUGACUCAGUGUGAGAUCGCUCAGAAACAGAAGCUGCAGACUGUUCUGGAGAAGAUCAAUGACACUCUCAAAGUUUCCUCCAGGAACAUUAGAUGGAAUGUUGAAUCUGUUCAUGCUAAGAAUAUUGUGGCCAUUCUUCACCUGCUGGUGGCUAUUUCUCAGCAUUUCCGGGCCCCUAUCAGACUCCCCGAACAUGUGUCCAUCCAAGUGGUUGUGGUCCAGAAACGAGAGGGAAUACUUCAGUCUCGGCAGAUACAGGAGGAAAUUACAGGCAACUUUGAGGCACUGUCUGGAAGAUAUGAGCGAGACGCCUUUGACACUCUCUUUGACCACGCGCCAGAUAAACUGAAUGUGGUGAAAAAGACUCUAAUAACAUUCGUGAACAAGCACUUGAACAAGUUAAAUUUGGAAGUGUCGGAGCUGGAAACUCAGUUUGCUGAUGGUGUGUACUUAGUCCUGCUGAUGGGGCUCCUGGAAGGAUACUUCGUGCCCCUCUAUAACUUCUUCCUCAUCCCUGAACAUUUUGAUCACAAGGUCCAUAAUGUUGCUUUUUCUUUUGAACUGAUGCAAGAUGGUGACUUGGAGAAGCCAAAGCCCAGACCAGAAGACAUUGUCAACUGCGACCUCAAGUCUACACUGAGGGUCCUCUACAAUCUCUUCACCAAGUACAGGAAUGUGGAGUGACAGAGAAGCUCCAACAUGCAAAAAUGGCUCGAUUUAUUCAACCAAAAUGCCCAGCGCAUAGUCACAGCUGUAUCAGUAUUAUUAGUAUUUGUCUGUUGAAUUCUUUUCUGUAUUUUUUUGAAGUUUGAAAUUGAGCCUAAACAGUAGGUAUAUUUAUUCAGUUCACAUGAUUUUUUUUUUUUUAUAAAAUUCUGAUUUGUUUAAUUGUUAUUUUAGAAAAGAAUGUACUUGGAAAUAUAGGAAACUUAGACAUACAGUUGGAGUCAUUGAAUUUUUAUCCCCCUGUAUUUGUUUUCCCUCAAUUUCUGUUUAAUGGAGAGUAAACUAUGAUUUUUUCAACACAUUUCUAAACAUCAUAGUUUUAAUAACUCAUUUUUAAUAACUUAUUUAUUUUUAUCUUUGCCAUGAUGACAGUACAAAAUAUUUUACUAGAUGUUUUUUUCCAAGAUGCCUGUAUUCAACUUAAAAAGGCACCUAUUUUACCCCCUUUACCCCUAAGGCACGAUAAGCCUUUGGUGUUUCCAGAAUCUUUCUGUAAAAUUUCAACUCAAAAUUCCUAUCAGAUUGUUUAGCUUCCAGCUUCCUUUUUUGUUGUCUGAGUUUUGUUGUCUGAGUAAAUUGUAGCUGUUUUUGUAGCCUGUGACUGCCCUGCAAAUGUAAAUGUGACUGCAGUGCAAAUGUAAAUGAGCUGCCACUUGUGUGCCUGCUUUUCAAGCUUUAUGUGAGAUAAACAGCAGUCAGUGAUAGACAGAAAUAGAGCUUAUUAGUAAAGAAAAAACAAGUAC